CAGGAAAAAAUGUGAGACAUUUUUGUCAUCUGUUUCAGGAGAUCAAGAAAGAGAGGAGGGAGAUAGAGGCUUUUAGGGAUUAGGGUUAGGGUUUGAUACUACUAUGGAUUCUCCUGAAACUGCUAAGACUACCACCUCCACAACCAAAUCCUCUUCACAAUCUCCCCCACUUCAAGUCACUGCAUUUCCUCCAAUUCCCCCUCCUGAAACUGCUGCAACCACCGCCACCACCGCCACUUCUUCAUCAAAAUCUCCUCCAGUUCAAGACUCCCCUUUCUCUACAUACGUUAGCAACCUGUCUCCUAUAAAACCUGUCAAGGCUGCACACGUUGCACAAGAAUUCCCAGGACUUUGUUCUCCUCCUCUUGUGUUUACAUCACCACGGAUCAAUCCGCAUCACGAAACAAGUUUUCUAAAAAGGACGCAAUGCCAUCAUGUACAGUUUUCAACAGACAACGGGAGAGGCAAGAAAGUGGCCGCUGUUUCAAAUAUUUCUGAUAAUGCAAAUGCCCAAUUGAACACUGGGUUGGUAGCUAAAGUUGAGAAAGAAUGUGAUAUUAAGGACUCUGUGCAAGACCAACCCUGCAGCUCCUCUGGGUGUGUUGAUGAAUACUUGGCUGAUACCAUGGAGGCAGACUCUGCAAUUUCUGCACAUUCAGCUGGUUCUUGUUUGAAUCAAUCUAAUGAUGCACUUCAAUCAUUACAAAGUGGUUUUACGGACUCAAACAAUACCACCGCAAGAUUUUUUGACAAAAAAAAUAUCAGUGUAGAUAAAAAGAGGGAAGUGGAUGCAUCUCCAGCUUUGUUAGAGCAAGCUGAAGAUGAACUUCAAGGAAAGUCAGCAUUCAAUGUUAAGCCAGUGCCAAUUGAUGGAAAGCAAAGAGGUGGUGAAAGGACAUCUACAGAAGUCCUAAAUGUAGAAUCUAAUUUGUCUGUGGACUAUGCUUCUGAACAGUUAUAUGAAAGUUCAGUGGCUCAGACUGCAGGAGGCAAUCAGGAUGAACCGGAUUGCACUCCCCAUUUGAUGCCCGAAGCAUUGCAGAUUGUACAGAUGGAUGAAAAUUGUGCUCAGCAAGCAGGAGAAAUCUCAAAUGGGCCUGUUGAGAACACAGUGCUGCAUGAUCCUGAGGCCAGUCAGCAGACUCAGCACCAACGUGGCAUGCUUAGACGGUGCCUUCAAUUUGGAGAGGCUCAACUGAAUAUAAUCACAAACAACCCUAGUUUUUCAUAUCCAACAAGUAUUGCAGCCAAUUCAAGAUUAAUUGCUACUCCUAGUGAUUCAGAGCUUCCAGAAUCCUCAUGUGUGGAUUUAACUACAACUUCCAGCAACAAGCAAUUGGCUUACUCACAACCAGUAACUACCAUGCUUCCUCCUCAAAACAGUGGAAACUCGUCCCUAGCAGGUUCCAAGCCAUCUGGUAUUGGCCUGCACUUAAAUAGCAUUGUCAAUGCUGUGCCCAUGGGUUUCAGUUCUACUACAAGCCUGAAAUUAGAAGAGAAAGAUUAUUCGAGUGCAUGGAGAAUGAGUGACUCAAUUCCGUCAAAUGUAAUAGAGAAUUCAGCUGGUACUGAAGAUAGGAGAAACGAAAAUAAGGCUUCAAUUGCAAUGAGUUCUGAUACUUCUCAGUCUUCCCAAGGUCUGGAACCAUCAAAGGAUCCUCUGCUGUUGAAGCCAAUUGAGCUUCAUGAGAUUCCAUGUGAUAAGAGAAAGUUUAACUCAGAGCAUAUGGACAGUCUUGAGGAAUUCAACCAACCAAGCCCAAAAAAGAGAAGAAAGAAGGCAUCAAGCACCAAUGAUGGCGACGGUUGCAAACGUUGCAAUUGUAAGAAGUCCAAAUGCUUGAAACUGUAUUGUGAUUGUUUUGCUGCCGGAAUCUAUUGCGCUGAAGGUUGUGCUUGCGUAGGAUGCUUCAACAGAGCUGAAUAUGAUGAUAGAGUUCUUGAGACACGGAAACAAAUUGAAUCUCGAAAUCCUCUCGCAUUUGCUCCGAAGAUUGUCCCACCUGUCAACGGGUCUCCAAUAAAUAGUGGGGAAGAUGGAAGGUCAACGCCAUCAUCAGCGAGGCACAAGAGAGGUUGCAAUUGCAAGAAGUCAAUGUGUUUGAAAAAAUACUGCGAGUGCUAUCAGGCUAAUGUUGGAUGUUCUGCUGGAUGCCGUUGUGAGGGUUGUAAAAAUGUCUAUGGCAGGAAGGAAGAAUAUGGUGCAUUCAAAGAAAUGAUGAGCAGAAGAGCCAAUGAUGAUAGAUUGGAAAGUUCUUUUGACAAGAAGCUGGAAAUGGUUGCAGGAAGGAGUGACUUCUUACGCCCUGAGCUUUGUAAUCCACAUAACAUGACACCCAUGACGCCAUCAUUUCAGUGCUCAGACCAUGGAAAUGAUGCAGCAAAAUUUCAAAUUCCUUCCAGAAGAUAUGCUCAAUCACCAGAAUCUGAUUUUUCCAUCUUAUCGUCUUAUGGAAAAUCCCCAGUAUCUCCAAAGAAUUCAGAUAGUCACAAUAUUCUCCCUGAACCAGGAAAAGAAAUUUGGGAUAUGGCUUGUUAUGAGCAUGAAUUUGAGUAUGGUAAUGCAGAAAAAGUAGAUCAAUUCACUCCAGGAUGUGACAGACUUUCUGAUGUGUGCCAUUUCACUUCAUUGCCAAGCUCUCUCCCAACAACAGCCAUGAAUCCUUCAGCUUCAUCCAAAACAAGUGGAUUGACAAAUGUCUCAAGAGGCCAAUUAUGUCCUGGAAGUGACCAUCUUGUGUCAGGUGGCUCCCUUCGUUGGCGUAGUUCACCAAUUCCACCAUCAACUCGGUUAGGUGAGACCAAAAUUUUCCAGGGACUUGAAUCUGACAAUGAGCUUUAUGACAUACUGGAAGAUGACACACCCACGAUACUGAAAGAUGCUUCUACUCCCACGAAGGCAGUAAAAGCAAGCUCCCCUAAGCAGAAACGGGUUUCUCCUCCAAAAAUUCAAUCGCAUGAGCGUGGGUCAUCCAGCUCCUUGGCAAUCUUGAAAAGUGGCCGGAAGUUCAUAUUGCAGGCUGUUCCUUCUUUCCCACCCCUCACCCCAUGCAUUGAUGCCAAAAGCAGCUCCCAUCAAAAUUCAAGUGAUCCUCAAGAUAGUACUAGCAAUAAGUAACUGGAAUACAUGGAAUUGGAUGUGAGUCCUGUUCAUGGAUUUGUCCUGCCUGUUUAGAAAGACUGCCCUUUGAGCUUUAUUAUUGAAGUAUAUGCUUAAUGUGGUUAGUUAACUGUCCUAGUUAUGGAUAUGGAUGCAAAAAUUGCCAUUUGCAGAACUCUAAGUUGCGGAUUGGAAGAUUGUGUCAGGAUUCCAAGUGACAACAAUUUGCAAGGAUUAAUGGGCAAAGAUGGAAAACGGAAUUUAGUCAGACUGCUGCUGCUCCUCAUUCAUGUUCUCUUUUUCUUCCUUUUUUUUUCCGCAUUUUUGAGCAUUUCUUUGUUGUUCAAUUGCAUGUUUCUAGUGUUUAGUCAAUUGGGAUCUAGGGAUUAUUGGAGGUUGCCUCCUAUUCGGUUGGGCAGAAAUAAGCAACUAGUCAAUGUUGAAUGGAGUUUUUAUGGAGGGGUGUUUGCUCCCGGUUUUAUUCCAGUUGGGCUGUUUUCUUAGCCCCAUUAUUGUACCCAACUUUGCUGUGCUGUUGUGAUUGCCAGCAUUAUCAAUAAACAAUGAUGCAGUUGUUACUGAAAUUUUCCUGGGA